AUGUCCGUCGCCGGCCUGGCCGCGGCUCGCCUGACCGGCGUCCUCCAGCCAGUGGUCCGCCGUCCCCCCUCCGCCAGGGAACCAAAGAAAACCGAGCUCGCAGACUCUGACGACUCGGCCGAGAAGGACAACGACAACGAGCCUCUGGACCUCCCGAAAAAAAACCUAAAAAACAAAACAGACCCGCAACCCGCGGUCGCUUGGAAAUGGCAGUCGGUCAAUAAAAGAGAUGGGGAUUUCAAAAAAACAAAAUCAGAUGCGAUAGGCGAGGGGGGUGAUGAGGAGAACGAGCCGGAAUCGACGAAAAGAUUGAAGAGAAAUAUGCAGGCGUCUAGGAAGGCGGCAGGCAAAGCUCGAUUGGAAAGAGUCGCGAAUCAGAACGGGAAUUCGACUGAAGAAACGCCUUCAAAACAUAAAGCUCUGGAGAACAGAAGAACGGAGGUAGUUCAGAGCAAGAAUGCGAGUAAAGCCGGAAGUGGGAAUAAAUCUGCUGAAAAGGCAUCAGCAAUCAAGGCCGGGGGUAAAUCCGUUGUGAGGACAUCCGAGGAGGAUCCGGAUGGUGAAGAUUUAGACGAGGCGUACGACACCAAUGUAGACCCUGAUACGGAGCAAAUCGCUGGGAGUAAUGAGAAACGAAAAGUAAAACGUCGGAGUAAAGAGGAUUCAGACGAUGAUAUUGUGAGCGGGCAACUCGUCGGAAGUCGAGAUAAACGAAAUGUAAAAAGUCGGAUUGAACAAGAUUCAGACGAUGAAAAUACGCGCGGAAAACUCGCCGGAAGUCGAAACAAGCAAAAAGUAAAAAGUCGGAUUGAACAAGAUUCAGACGAUGAAAAUGCGCGCGGAAAACUCGCCGGAAAUCAAAACAAGCAAAAAGCAAAAAGUCGGAUUGAAAAAGAUUCAGAAGAUGAAAAUGCGCGCGGAAAACUCGCCGGAAAUCAAAACAAGCAAAAAGUAAAAAGUCGGAUCGAACAAGAUUCAGACGAUGAAAAUGCGCGCGGGCAACGAAAAUACGACAAAAGUCGUGACGACGACAAAUCUCCGGACAUACCCCGCAAACGAUCCAGCGCAGACGAAGCAGACGAGAAAUCAACGAGACCCCAUAGACGAGGGAGCGCUUCACAAAAAUUCGAGUCCCGGAAACCCUCCGAGAAAACAUCGGAAAGCGUGGACGCCGGGCGGGUGGGGGAUGUCAACGACCAGGAGGACCUGGACACGUCUGACGACUCACCUGGACCCUCGGAGAAGACACGUGACUCGGACGGCGACCAGACUAGCACCUCGACCGUCAAACGAAACAGGGACCAAGACCUCGCGUUCCCGUCCUACAGGCUCAAAGACAAGGAUAUUUUCUGGAAAAAGAAUCCUGAGGAUGACUUUUGGGGAUAG